AUGAGUUGCUCUUUGCGAACCUAUGCCGUCGUCUACGUCGGUAAACAAAUCGACACCAACAUCAAAAUCGCCAUUAAGAAAAUCAAGGUCGGGCCUGCGGAUCAAGCGAAAAACGGGAUUGACUUGUCUGCGAUACGGGAGAUCAAGUUAUUGAGAGAGUUACGGCACGAGAAUAUUAUUCACCUCCUCGACGUCUUCUCGCAGAAACAAAAUUUGAACCUCGUUCUCGAGUUCCUCGAUUGCGAUCUCGAGAUGCUCAUCCGGGACCGCUCCAUUAUAUUUUCCCCCGGGAAUGUGAAAGCAUGGAUGUGCAUGACCCUCCGCGGCCUCCUCCACUGCCACGACAACUUUGUCCUCCACCGCGAUUUGAAGCCGAACAACUUGCUCAUCUCCCCCACCGGCGUUCUCAAGCUCGCAGAUUUUGGACUGGCGAGAUAUCAUGCCGAUACAGGUCCCUCGGCACGCAUGUCAAAUAGCGUCGUGACGCGGUGGUAUCGAUCUCCAGAGUUACUGAUGGGUGCGAGAUGGUAUGGCACCGGCAUCGACAUUUGGUCCGUUGGGUGUAUAUUUGCAGAGUUGAUGUUGCGUGUCCCAUACAUGGCUUCCGAAACUGACCUCGGACAGCUCGACGUCAUCUUCCGAGCACUAGGAACACCGACAGAGGACGAAUGGCCCGAUAUGCGAAAAUUACCCGCAUACGAGACCGCUAUGCCCCGGACGACUUACCCGCGCCAACCCCUCUCCGGACUCUUCACCGCGGCCUCGACAGACGCCCUUGACCUCCUCUCCCGCAUGCUGACUUUUGACCCUCGGAAGCGUCCGACGUCACGGGAGUGUUUGCUGCAUCCGUAUUUCGUUACCGAGGAAGGGAGGGGGGAUGGAGAGGGGUGGGGAAGUAGUGAGGGAUUUGAAGAGGAAGGCGGAUGCGAAAGAGAACUUGGGAGGGAGGGAUAAGAUUGCGAGGAAGUUGGUGUUUUGAGGACCAGCUGGAUGGUCGAGCAGAAGUACUGUUGUCAGAUUAUUGAUAGUGGGGAUGUAUGCUAAAGAAUUCUGAUUGCAGCGAGUCGUAAGGGCGUUUGGGUAAGGGAAGGGAGAGCUUUGCUGCAAUGCCUGACGUCGACACGAAGGGAGUCGGGACUUUAAGCGCUAUACUCUUCGCAUAGAUUUGAGGAAGUUGAGCAUUCCAACGGCGUACGUUAACAACGUUCACGGCCUCUCGACCAUUGGGACGAUCGACGACUGGACGGAUUGUUUCGUUGAUAGUGAUACGCAGGAUGUAAGAGGGUUGUGUACCGUUUAGCUAGGCAACCGAGGUCUUGUCCUAACGGCACAUUCAGGAGCUCGAUAUGGCUGC